AUGACUGAUUCAAGGAAGUACAGACUGUGGUAUGCCUUCUGGAAUUAUGAACAAGGACAAAUAAACGCGAGAGAGACUGCUGACUAUGAGUGGUGUCGGGACACUCUACGUAUCUUAGCGCGCGUAUUCAAAACCUUUACCACAAUCGAUCUGCGUGCUGCUGCAUCUCCCCGAAAUUUCGGGAAUAUAGGUUCAACUAAAGAUAUUUCCUCAACGGCUUCAUACAAUUCAGGAUUUAAUAUUUUAUUUGAUCGACGUGCCAGAACCGAAGCCCUUUACGAAAUGCUUGUAGAACACGGCCUUCCAUUCGUGACAACAGCAGACGGUGACAUAAAGGCGUCUCGGCUUUUGGGCCUUGGGUCGGAUACUGUCAUAUUCGAAGCACGCACUGCAAAUAGCAUUGGCUUUAUUGGAUUAGGACAGAUGGGAUUCAAAAUGGCGCAAAAUUUGUAUAAUAAAGCCGAUGCCUCGUUGAUUAUCUACGAUAUUAACAAAUCAGCUACUCAAGAUUUCAUCUCGUUGAAUAAAACGUCGGCUACGGUAAAAUCAAUUGACAUAGCAGGAUCGCCCGUCGACGUAGUGCGCAAGGCAUCGGUCGUCAUUACCAUGCUUCCAUCUUCAACCCAUGUGGAGGAUGUCUAUUUAGGAAAGGAUGGCCUCGUGCACGGCGUGGAUAAAGAGAGUCUGCUUAUCGAUUCAAGUACAAUUCAUCAGAGCGUGUCUAAAGAAGUAGCUCACAAGCUAACGGGAAAAGGCGCCACUAUGGUCGAUGCACCCGUGUCUGGAGGCAUUGUCGGAGCGGAAGCAGCGACAUUGACGUUUAUGGUUGGAGCCUUAUCCGAAUCAGAUUUCCAUCGCGCCAAGCCAAUCUUGUCUCAUAUGGGCAAGAAUAUAGUCCAUUGUGGUACCAUUGGGACAGGUCAAAUCGCAAAGAUGUGCAACAACAUGCUUCUUGCCAUUUCGAUGAUAGGUGUAUCUGAAGCCAUGAACCUCGGUAUUCAACUCGGAAUGGAUCCUAAAUUAUUAGCGUCGAUAUUAAACACAUCAUCCGGUAGAUGUUGGUCUAGCGAUACUUACAAUCCCUGUCCAGGUAUCAUGCCUAAUGUUCCGUCUAGUCGUGAUUAUGAAGGUGGGUUCGGUAAUACUCUAAUGGCGAAAGACUUGCGAUUAGCUGUAAGUGCUGCUAGCGAUGCUCGUGUGACUAUAUUAUUGGGUGCUGUUGCACAGCAAUUAUACAAUCAACUUGCUAAUACUGCAGAAUAUGCUAAAAAGGAUUUCAGUUCUAUAUAUAAAUGGUUGAGUAAAAGUAAAGGGAAAUGA